AUGAGUGAGCAUGCCGUCGUGCCGAAACUUCCGGCCGAAAAUGGCGUCCACGUCUGGAGGACGGCAGUGGUGAUGCCUAUCAUCACCUUCUGCUUCGUCGCCGCCAGAUUUUACUGCCGGACUUAUAUGGUAAAGAGGUCCUGGAGCCUCGACGACUAUGUGGUCGCGGGAACGAUGGUUAGCAUCAUUGUGCAUGCUGUUUUGAUGGCCAAUGCGACCUAUCACGGGAUGGGCCUGCACAUAUGGCAGUUCACCCCAGAACUAAACUCGGAAUACUAUCUCUGGAUCGGCAUCUCGUCAGAAUUCUACGUGCUGAGCCUCGCCGGCUUCAAGUCGGCGCUGAUCCUCCUGUACCUGCAGAUCUUCGGCAUCAACAAGAAGUUCCGGUACGUGUGCUACGGGGCGCUGUUCUACACGCUCGGGUACCUGACCUGCAACGCGCUCACCGAGUUCCUCGGCUGCCACCCGAUCGCGAAGAAGUGGCAGCCGACCCUGGAGGGCCACUGCUUGAACUCGAUCGCGGCGAACAUCAUCUACGGGGCUGGCCACAUGACGAGUGACUUACUAAUCGGCAUCUUACCCCUUUGGAUGGUAUGGAAAUUGCAGUUCCCUACGGCGCGACAGAAGAUUGGGCUCAGUCUCGCGCUUAGUAGCGGUCUUAUUGCCUGGGCUGUUGCCUGCGUCCGAUGGGCCAUUUCUACUUAUAACAUGCUGUCUUACGAUCGCCCCUGGUGGGCCGGUAUCAGCUUUACCUUCUCUAUCCUGGAAGUCAACACAGGCCUGAUUUGCGCCUGUGUAGCGACAUUCAGCCCGCUGUUCAACGUCUUCUCGACGCACGUUAGCGCCUGGACGACCCGGACCUCGGCGACCCAAGUAUCGACGGACAACCAGCAGGGCAUUUCGCGGCGGCAAUCCGUCAGCUGGCAAAGCAUCCGCCAGGAGAAAUUUUUGCCGGCGAUGAACCGCAUGCUGCUCUCGGCCGUCACCCCGAACUCGCGACCUCCGCUGCAGACGGGAGGCCACAUGCGUUCGAAUGAUAGCCUAGAGGGGUAUAGUCCUAACAGCAUGGAGCCAAUCGUCACGUCGAACGCGAUGCCGCGCUACGAGCCGCAGGAUGAGUUCGCGCACUAUGAUCUCCAUGGGUUGCAGGCGCUGCACUAUAGCGACCGGGAAGCAGUGUGA